AUGAUUUCCCCAAGAGUUUAAGGCUCUAGUUUUACGCCAAUCAACACUUCCAAUGUCUUUACCUCAACUAUCAAUGAAGAUGCUUAAAACACUAGUUUCUCAUCUUAUCAUGUAACUCCAAGGUAGGGAGCCACUCCAAGAUAAUUAUCAAGAAUUCAAGAAAAUAAUGAAUGUGAAGAUUCUAAAAUAACAGACACUGAUCCUUAAACUUAUAGAGAAGUUAUUAAAGAAUUGUCAACCUAACUUUAAAUGGCGAUAUUAGAAAAUCGAUAAUUAAAAGAUAAAAUUAAUGUCCUUGAAGAAGAACAUAAUGAGAGCUUUUAGAUAGUCAAUAUAUAAAAUCAAGCACUUUAAGAUAGUAAUUUCACAUUAUAGGAAAAAAUUAACAAUUUAUUUUCAGAAAUAUAAUAAAUGCAACUCUAAUUAGAAUAGAAAGAUUAAAAACUAAAAGAGGCUAGAGAAAAUAAUUUAUUUUAAAAUUAAUCAUCUGAUAAAAUGACUCAUUUAAUAGAUGAAAAUUAGAAAUUAAUAAAAAUCAUUGAAACUUAACAAUAAGAAAUCAAUAUCUAAAAAGAUGUUAUUAAAUAGUUUGAAAAAGCAUUUUAAGAUGCAAAAGGAAAAGCUGAACAAGACGCUACAGAAAAGUUAAAUCACAAAAGUAAGGAAGUUGAAUAAUUCAAACAUGAAAUUGAAGGAUUGACUUAAUAAUAGCAAUAAUACAAAGAAUAAAUUAUGCUCUGGAGUUAAAGAUAUUAAUCUCUGGAUCAAAAUUACUAAAUUUAGUACUAAGAUUUAUUUUAGAAGUUUAAUAUUAGUUAGAAUCAACUUGCUGAACUAUAAAAUAUUUAUCAAACCUAUGCGGAUAAUUCUUAAAGAAAAAUAUCAUAAUUAGUUCAAGAAUUAGACAAUGCGAAAGUUGGAACAAUAAAAAAAUAAUAAACUUUAAAAAUAAAAGCCUUAGAAGACAGGAUUGACGAAUUAGAGGAACAAUUAUAAAUUAAAAAGAAUCAAAUCUUAAAACUUAAGGAAGAAUUGAUGGAAUAUCAGAAUAUUCAAAAGUUGACAAAACAAUAAAGAGAUACAGAUAUCAUUGCAGAUAAACGAGUUGUUGAAGAUUAGAUAUAAGAGAAGUACGAAUAGAGAAUACGUUAAUUAGAAGAUAAACUUGUUUAAUAGGAACAGUAAAUUUUGAUAACAUAACAACAGCAAUAAUAAUAAUAAUCAUUACAAUAAUAAUAAUAACCUUUGUUGUAAUAAUAAUAUUAGAGUUUACCAUAAUAAUAAUCAAUAGCUUUAGCUUAAUAAUAAUAAUAAUAAUUAUAUGAACACAACUAUUAUGCCAGAACAAAUGAAAAUAAAAAAUUACAAUUAUUUUCUGAGAGAAAAGAUAACUUAAGAAUGUUUUAUAGUUUUGCAAAAGAAAAUUAAUAGAUAGAAAAUAAAUAUCCUAGAACUGCUUUAAAUUACGGAAAUAAUUAUUGA